AUGGCGGGUUCCACUGAUCAAGCAAUCACGAACCCUACAACAGUAUGUGAUCUUGUCGAGCAGUGGGCACAGAGGCAGCCAAACCACAUUGCCAUCUCGUUUGGAAACAGAACAGUCACAUACUCAGAGCUUGAUAACGCAGCAACUCAUAUUGCAUGGCUUUUGUCCGAGAAGCAGGUUAAACAUGGAGAUAAAAUUCCUGUUCUGGCGCAGAGAGGCCCGGAAAUGGUAGCCUGCUUCUUGGGCGUUCUUAAGGCUGGUGCCUCCUAUAUCCCUAUUGAUAUAGAAUCUUGGAGCGAAGAUCGAAUCCAGUCAACAUUGAAGCGAGUAUCCGCCCGAGUUGUUUUAAACACUUGCACAGACGAAUAUCCUGAAUAUGAAGAGGUUUCGCAUACCCAGAUUGAGGCAGCCUUUGCGUCAGACAUAUCGCGACACUGGCAAAGGAAUGAGGACCGCCCGUGGAAAAAAAUCCAGUCUGCUGAUCUGGCCUACAUUAUUUUCACUUCAGGCACAACCUCUACGCCAAAAGGCGUCAUGAUUCCGCACAGCGCACUUUUGAACUAUGUGCAGCAAGGCGGAGAGGAGACUCCCUUUAAUCUGAACGCAACACCCGACGACACUGUCAUGCUCAUAUUCUCGCCUGCUUUCGACGCUGCUACUGGGGCCAUUAUGUCGACUCUCUGCAAUGGUGCUGAGCUGAGAAUUGCAACCACGUCUGAUUUCUUGCAUACUGUGACGCUUUGUACUAUUAUAGCGUGCACACCAUCUGUCCUACAAACGAUACAAGAUCCUACAACUUGUUCCAAGCUGCGGACUAUUGUGCUUGGUGGAGAAGCGCCGCCCAUCGCGUUGGUUCGCAAAUGGGCAGAAACUUUGCCGACCUCUGCCAUCUACAAUUUCUAUGGGCCAACAGAAACUACCAUUGCUUCGCUCGUGGCACGCCUCCAUGCAGAUAAGCCUAUUACUCUGGGACGUCCAAUGUCGAAUGGACGUAUAUUGUUGCUUGAUGGAGAAACCGAGUCUGAUUACGGAGAAAUCUGCUUAACCGGCCCAGGCUUGGCCAGAGGUUAUUACGAAAAUGAAGCGCUCACAGCCGAAAAGUUUGUGUUCUGGCAAGGCGAAAGAAUCUAUCGAACUGGAGACUUUGGCCGAUUCACAGACCACGGACUGGAAUUCGCUGGUCGAAAAGACAGCUUUGUCAAGAACCGUGGAUUUCUUAUAAACCUUGAUGCCCAGGUGAUUCCCAUGCUCAGCAACAGCCCCAAUGUCAUGGCGGCUACGGCUUUCAUGUAUCGCGGCCGGCUAGUGGCGUUUGUGACGCCUGAAACCGUUGAUGGCGUUGCUUUGAGAAAGACCCUGUCUCAGGAAUACGACGCCUUUAUUAUACCAGAUUUGAUUCGCACAGUAGAAUUCCUGCCUCUUACUCCCAACGGCAAAGCGGACAAUCGAGCUCUGCAAGGAUUGUUGGACGCUGAAAGCUCGCAAGCGGUGGAUGGUGGUUCAUUGCAAGGCAUUUCUGAUACCGGUUCAAAGAUGGAUGUAUUGAAAGCCGCGCUCUCCUUUGCUACGUCAAUUCCUCUAUCAGACAUAACAGAUAACAGUUCCUUUGCAGAACUGGGUGGAAACUCACUAGCAGGACUGAAAGUAUUAUCUUUUUUACGAACAAAAGGUUUCCAUCUGCGACUCAGCAUGCUCUUUGAUCUCCCGGAUCUAGCUGCCAUUCAUGAUGCGAUUGAAAAACUUGACGAGGAAGAAGGAUAUGCAGAGGAUCAAGCGCAGACUCCUACGUCAGGGCCCCUGUCAACCCUCCAAGCCAAGAUGAUUCAAGCAGGACUUCGAAAUCCUACUGUGAAUUAUAUGUUACUACGAAUCUCUCUACCUCAUACAGGAAAAUCGCUGAGUGGAAGCAGAUUCCAGUCUGCAUGGCGCCGCGUCAUUGAGCGGCACUCAAUUUUCCGCACCACAUUUAAUCUGAAAGAUCAGUUACAAGAGGUGCAUCCAGAGCUUAACCUUGACUGGAGCAAUGAAGAGACCACAAAAGAUCAGCUGCAGAGCGUUAUCCAGGCCCGUUCCCAGGAGAUGCGCAAGAAAAUCUCGUACAUUGAGCACGGAGAUACAUUCGUGCCCAUCUCUGCUUACCGACUCAUCACUGUUCCUAACGUCGGCUCUACGCUCUUAUCCCUUGUACACCAUAGUAUAGCAGAUGGAUGGUCGUUCAGUGUGAUAUUAGACGAGCUUCGACUGGCCUUGGAUGGAAAAUCUCUCCCGGAUCCUCCACAGUUCAUUAACAUUGCCAAUACUCAAGCGCGGCUGCAGGAAGAUGCCCAAGGCAACGCAUUUUGGGAUGCGCUCCUGGAGGAUAGUUUAACGCAGCCACAGCUGACUCUACCAAGGCCUCCCGCUGAUACACCGGCCGCUGAUUGGUCCAAAAGCCUCCAAGUGAACCUUGGCUUCACACCAGAGGGUUUGGAAACUAAAGCACGUCUUCGGAGAAUUACACCGGCAACAAUGAUCUACGCAGCAUGGGGCCUGCUUCUAAAGAUGCUGGAGUUCCAAUGGUCUUCUGAUAAGACUGUGGCUAAAUUGCCAGCAGAUAGAAUAGCCAAUGCACUCCAGACCAUUGUGGUCAUGGAAUACGAUCUGCCGACUCUGGGAGGAACUUGUGAGGCACUCCCAGAGCCCUGGAGCAUCGAACGCGAAGACAUGAUGGAGUUUGGCAUCUCUUUGCUACUUGAAGCAGAAGACGAUGGCAGCCUUCGCGCCCGUAUUCUAUAUGAUGGCUUGCGAUAUACUGAGCGGAGUAUCACUGGCCUUUUAAGCCACUUCAAGAGUGCGAUACAAGGGCUACUGGAUAACAAGAAUACUCUGAUCCAGGAUGUUCGCGAUAAGAUUAUUACAGGUGAAGAAAGACAUGGCUUAUUGAAUCCGCCACGAGGCCGAGUUGGCAACUAUCAAGGUUAUGACACCAUCAAAGACGCCUUUGAGGCUUCUGCAGCGAAAUGGCCAGAUUUGCGAGCUCUGGAGUCGACGCGCGGUUCAAUGACUUAUCGGGAACUAGACGAGGCUGCCAACAAGUUGGCUAACCAUCUGCGAUCUAUCACGAAGCCAGGGAGCGUUGUUGGCAUUCUCACCGAUGGCUCUCUUCACUGGGUUGUGGCAAUCUUAGCAGUGCUUAAAGCAGGCUGCAUUUGUUGUGCCAUUGAUGUUAAUCUACCAGAAGCACGCAUCAAAAUCAUCACCGAACAGAGUGGCGCUUCGGUUUAUAUUGCUGCGAAUGAAAACUGUGCACGAGUAAUCCAGAACACAUCAGAGAAGCACAUCAUAGUCUCGGAGGAGUUUGUUGCGUCCUGCAAGGCUGAGCCCCAACAACUCGAGACCAUCUCAAAGCCAAAGGACGUCAUCUACCUUGUUUUCACCUCAGGAAGCACCGGCAUCCCGAAAGGUGUUGCGUUGCAUAAUCACAGUCUUCUCAUGGUUAUCGACCAUGAGCCCACUCGUCUCUUCUCCGGGCCUGGUCGUCGCAAUGGCCAAGUCUACGCUCUAGGUUUUGACGUGGUUCUGGUUGAAAUCUUUGGUACAAUUUGCUAUGGCGGUACACUGGUCUUAAAGGACCCUAAUGAUCCGCUGGGUCAUCUUAAGCGUGUUGACGCAGCGCAUUCUACCCCUUCGCUUCUGGCAGCUUUGUCGCCGGAAGAGUAUCCAAAUCUUGACACUAUUGGUCUUGCUGGAGAAGCUGUGCCUCAAAGUCUUGCUGAUGCGUGGUCACACAAGCGCCUAUUCAACUUUUACGGACCAAGUGAGUGCGCUCCUAUCUCAACUGGAACUGAGCUUCUUCCUGGUGACAAAGUAACCAUCGGUAAAGCCGUCCCUCAUUUGGAUCUUUACCUUCUGGACCACCAUCAGUGUCUUGUUCCUCCAGGAAUUACCGGAGAGAUCUAUCUUUCUGGAGAGCAAAUGACACGUGGAUACCGGAAUCUGCCUAACCAAACCAAGGCCGCGUUUUUGCCAAACCCUUUUUCUCCUGGCAAAUUUAUGUAUAAGACCGGAGACUUGGGUUGUUGGACAGAAGACAUGAAGGUCGCCUAUAUGGGUCGCAUUGACAAUCAAGUGAAAGUGCGAGGGUUCCGAAUCGAAAUGGAGGAGAUUGAAAGAGCUCUGGUACGAGCUGAUUCCGCCAUACAACGUGCCGCUGCCAUUGUCGUUGACGGUAUCCGCAUUGUUGCCUUUAUUACACCAAGCACUGUUGAUACUUCGGCAGUUUCUCGGAAACUGAAGACAUUGCUACCGGCUUAUGCUUGUCCUGCUCAAGUGAUGGCGUUUGAGUCUCUGCCGCAGUCAUCAAACCUCAAGAUUGACCGGAAAGCACUUCAGUUGUUGGCUACCGAGUAUAAAGACCAGGGAGAUGCUCCAUCGACACCGACUGAGAAGAUCAUUGCAGAAGUCUGGAGCCAAAUUCUCAACUUUGAAGACGAUAGUAAAGUACGCAUUACGAGAGACGAUGACUUUUUGGCUAUUGGCGGAAACUCUCUAUUGGCUAUUAAGGCAGCUCGGUUGAUCUCUGAGUCUAUUGGCUAUCACAUCCCCAUGCCACUCUUGAUCAGAGAAAGAGUCUUAUCCGGCCUCGCGCAAGCCAUUGAUGGAUACAAAUCUCAAGGAGAUCUAGAAGAUGGACUCACCACUUUCAGAUCCUUCUUAUCCAACCUAUCUACCCCAACGAGUCUGGCUGCACCCCAAGCACCAUCAGAGUUGGAAGAAGAGUUAUAUGUCUGGCAUACCGUGACAACCACUAAAUCUCUUCUCAACACCGCAUUUCAGUUCAUCAUUGAAGGCGAUGUGGACGCUACAUUGCUUAAGCAGGCUGUGGUCUCCGUGAUCCGGAAACAUCCCAUUCUUCGAGCCCGCUAUGUCCUCGAAAAUGGGCUAUUGUUCCGCUUGAUCAGCGACGAAGUUACUGAACCGCUGUUUUUCACUGGAGGCGCGUUAGAUUCCAAUGAAUUACAGUCGCUGAUUGACAAGCCAUUUGAUCUAGCCAACGAUCAACUGAUCAGGGUGGUCAUCUGGAGCCAGGAAGAUGAGAAUUCGAAAAUGACGACUUCACUUUCACUCAUCACUCAUCAUAUAAUCACAGACAAAGCCUCACUUGCCAUUUUGCUGCAAGAAGUCAGUGAAGAGUACCAGUCAGCAAUUAAUGGUAUCACUACCGAUAAACUGAAUGGAGAUGCAAGUUCUCACAAGGGUAACUAUAUUGAAUGGACUCAAUGGCUUCAGCAAAAUAGCAAGCUGCCUGCCACGCCUGAAUUAACAGCUAAACGCGAGUUCUGGAAGACCAGAGUUGAGGGCAUCCAAUCUAUUGAGUUUUCUGAUAGCCUUGAGACUCAGGUUCUUGACACCGAAAUACCCGGCUACCAAUCUUUCGUUAUACCAACCGCAGAUAGUGCGGGCUUUUCUCAACGGCUAGCCCUGGCUACAACCGCACUGACAGUUUCAGCGGUGUUCGGUAACACCGAUAUUACGCUCGGUAUUCCAUAUAUGAGUAGAGACGAGCCUGGAUCGGGGAGCUUAAUGGGGUUAUUCCUUGACCGACUUCCAGUGCGCUUUGCUUUCAAUGAAAGUAACAUGGCCGACUCUACGCGCCUCAUUAAUGACAUUACAACAGAGGUCAAUCUUGCAACUGAAAACCAGAUACCUUACGCUGAGAUUCUACAGUUGGCAAAAGAUAAAAAGUCUCUCUUUGAUGUCAUGGUGAUUUAUCACUGGCAGUCAGAUGCCUUGGAGCACUCUCUCAAGAUACCCGGAGCUCAAGUCUCAAGCAAACCUAUCCGAGCCCGAGGAGCCAAGUUCCCACUGCAGCUGGAGUUCAGUGAACAGCAGGACGGAUUGCACUGUGGAAUCGAGUACGAUGCUUCCAAUAUCUCUCCUUCGCAGAUGGCAGCUAUUAUUUCCUACAUGCCUAUAGUAAUCAAGGGUCUUGUCUCUGACUUAGCACCAGCUGAGAUCCUUUCUUCGUUCCAAGCUGUUAAGCAUAUCAAUCCCCUGUUGGCUAUGCCGACUUUCAAGAGUAGAAUUGCCGAAGUUUGUGGCAUUUUCUCUGAGGCGCUGGGAAUACCUUUGACAGAGAUCACGCCUGAUCUGACGCUGUUCGAUCUUGGAGGAACACCUAUGACUGCUAUUCGGCUGCACUACUUGUUAACUGAAAAGGGCUUACAUUGUGAUCUGCUUAAUAUUCUUAGAAGGCCUACCGCAAAGGAUAUUGCUUGGUUGAGUUAG